UAGGCUUCAGUGUACAGCUACAAUUCAGAAGAAUACCUAAUUCUACACGGUUUUAUCCUCUCUUUUUCUAUGUCUCUAUUAUAAGAUUUCAAAACUCGAAUCAUUUUCUUAAAUUAAUCCCAAAUCCCAAUAAUUCAAUCUCAUUCUCCCUUGUUGUGAACAAGAUGGAGUAUCGGCCAUUAGACAUCAAAGUUAUAUCGGCAGAGGGCAUAAAGGAUGUCAAUCUUUUCUCCAAGAUGGAUGUUUACGUUGUUGUGUCGAUUGUGGGUUACCCCAAGUCGAAGAAGAAGACUUUCGUCGACAAGGAUUGCGGUACCCAUCCAAAGUGGAAUUAUCCAAUGGAUUUCGUCGUUGAUGAGCCGUAUUUGACGAAGUCUGGCCUGUCCCUUCACUUCCAGAUCAUGGCAGAUCGGUCAAUUGGAGGGGACAAGGAGGUUGGCGAGGUCAUUGUUCCGAUCCACGAGCUUUUCCAGAAUGUCAAUUCGAAUCCCGGUGAAGAAAAAGUAAUUGAAUAUCAGGUUAGAACCUCGUCUGGAAAACCCAAGGGCAGCAUCAAGUUUUCAUAUAAAUUUGGGGAGAAAUUCGCGCAACAAGUGGAGACAAAAAAGCAUGUGGAUGAGCCUAUGACUGCGUAUCCAGCGCCGCCACCACAUGUUGCCGGAGGAAGCAUGCCACCCCAGCAGGGAAUGGGAUACGGUGCUCCUCCUCCUCCUGGAAUGGCAUAUCAGCAAUAUCCCCAAUAUCCUCCUCAUCCAGGUUAUGGCUAUCCACCACCAGGUGGUUACCCGCCUCCUGGGUACGGUUAUCCUCCGCCGCCUCAGCAGGGGUACGGUGGAUAUCCUCCGGUGCAGAAUCCUAAGAAGAAGUCCGGGAUGGGAUCGGGUCUAGCAAUGGGGUUGGGGGCUGGAUUGCUUGGAGGGAUGCUCGUUGGUGAUAUGAUGAACGAUGCAUCUGCCUAUGAUAAUGGCUAUGACGAUGCAAUGGGCGGCGACAUGGGUGGCUUUGAUUUCUAGAUAUCUAUCAUAAUAUAAUAAAUUGGUUUUAAUCUCGUAUGCCUACGUAUACAAGAUUGAUCAGUUAUGAUGUUACAGUAGUGAGGUUCGACCCAUCCUCGGCCUUAAGGAGUGGUACCAGCAUAGAACUGUAAAUAAUCAAAUGGCAUAGAAGGUCAUGUAAAUUUAUUGAUAGUUUUUCCAGAAUCCUACUUGAUUUGAUGGUGGAUGGAGUUAGAUUUACGAGGUGUUCUCAACUAAGAUUUUAAUGAA